AUGGUCUCCUGGUUACCCUUUUUCCUUCGCGGUGCAUCAGCCCUCAGUGCGGCUUGUAAUACCAGUGAUGAGAACAGCCGCUAUCCGUAUGGGACCCUGCCCACCAACUAUCUUGCCCCAUCUAUCCAUGACGAGGGAGCUCCUCAAUCUCCACCAUGGCGAGACGUUUCUCCAUUCGGACGGCCCCCUGACACUGGCGUCACACGCCACUAUGACUUUACCGUGAUGCGCGACACCACCUCACCCGAUGGAUACCAGAAAAAUGCCAUGCUGAUCAACGGGCAAUUUCCCGGGCCAUUGAUUGAGGCCAACUGGGGGGAUAUCAUCUCCGUCACGGUGAACAACAUGAUCACGACCGGGACGGAGGAAGGGCUGGCCAUGCACUGGCAUGGGAUCACUCAGAAAGGAACCCCUUGGGCGGAUGGCGUCCCGGGGGUUUCGCAAUGUCCCAUUGUGCCCCGAUCCAGGUUCACCUACACCUUCCAAGCCGAUCAAUAUGGGACUGGGUGGUAUCAUUCCCAUUACAGUGCCCAAUUGACCGACGGAGUCUUUGGCCCGAUGGUCAUUCAUGGUCCCACCCACGUGGAUUAUGAUUAUGACCUCGGGGCCGUCAUGAUAUCUGAGUAUCAUCACCUGGAUUAUUGGUCGACCUUGGUCGAGAUUUUUAUGAGACCCCCCGUCAUCCCGAAUGUCGACAACAACUUGACCAAUGGCCGCGGAAUGUACAAUUGCAACGGGACCAACUGCAGCGCUGGUCCCAGUCUUUCCCGGUUUCAGUUCAAGAGCGGCAAAGUCCAUCGACUCAGGCUGUUGAACACGGGUUCCAAUGCGAACCAGAAGAUUAGCAUAGAUGGUCAUACCUUGACCGUGAUCGCAACCGACUACAUCCCGAUCAAGCCCUACAACACAGAAGUCGUCACCUUAGGCCCGGGGCAACGCACUGAUAUCCUCGUCAAGGCGACUGGAAACGUUCGAGAUGCGUACUGGAUGCGUUCAUCGAUUGACAUGGAAUGUCUGAACUCCACGGCUACCUAUCCCACCGGCACAGCGGCCAUCUACUACGAAGACGCAGACACCACGGUUUGGCCCACGUCCACCAGCACUGCCACCUGGCAGAGCAACAAUUGUGCCGGCGAACCCCUCUCCCUCACCGUCCCGUACUAUGCCCUGCCGCCUCCUCACUCGCCGGCCACCACCGAGACCAUGGAGAUCAACGUCGGCCAGAAUGCCACGGGACAUUUCCUCUGGUACUUCAACAACGCCACCUUCCGCGCCAACUACAACGCUCCGCUGCUCCUCCUGGGCCGGACUGGCAACUUCUCCUCGCCAUACUACGCCAACGCCAACACCUAUAAUUAUGGCUCCAACUCCAGCGUGCGCAUCAUUUUCAACAACAUCUACCCGAUGCAGCAUCCGCUCCAUCUGCACGGCCACAACUUCUGGGUUCUAGCCGAGGGACGAGGGGCGUGGGACGGCGUCAUCACGAAUCCCUCAAAUCCCCUGCGUCGAGACACCCAUAUCGUGCAGUCGGGCACCACGGAGAACCCGGCGUAUGUUGUGUUGGAAUGGGAGCUCAACCACCCGGGCGUCUGGCCUCUGCACUGCCACAUGUCGUUUCAUGUGAGCGCGGGGCUUUCGUUGAACAUCAUUGUACGUUUUCCCUCGGUCGAACGGCUCUCCGCGGUUGGCGGUUUCCAGCAGCGUUAUCGGGGGAUCCAUGCUAAUCCUCUCCAGGAACAACCAUCCGAAGUCGAGCAGCUUCAGAUCCCGGCUUCUCUGGCGCAGACGUGUCGCGAAUGGGCCGUAUUCAGUGGGGAGGAGUUUGUGGAUGAGAUCGAUUCGGGGGUUUGA